CGUCUGCAACAAGGUUCAUAGAACCCGUCUCGGUGUCCUGCGCCGAGCAGAAGCGAACAGUCAGAAAAUCCUGGUUAAAAAUAGGCUGGAGGGACGUGGGGGUAACGGGUGUCUCUUCCUCCUUGGCAGAAAGGGUGUAUCCCUGGGGAAACAAGUUCCAGCCCAACCGUACAAACCUGUGGCAGGGCGAGUUCCCGAGGGUGGACACGGCUGAGGACGGGUAUCACGGCGUCUCGCCGGUGGCGGCGUUCCCUCCUCAGAACAGCUACGGGCUCUACGACCUGCUGGGAAACACCUGGGAGUGGACGGCCUCGGAGUACCCGAGCGCAGGGCUCUCGGCGGGGCGGCGCGCUCAGCAGAUGCGCGUCCUGCGAGGGGCUUCGUGGGUCGACACCGCCGACGGGUCUGCAAACCACAGAGCUCGCGUCACUACCAGGAUGGGGAACACGCCCGACUCAGCCUCCGAUAACCUCAGCUUCCGCUGCGCCGCCGACGUCCUGCCCGUCACGGCCCAGAAAAGCCAGAGGACCAAACCCGAGCUCUGA